AUGGCGGCCUCACCAAUUGUCCGUCGGGCGCUUCUCUAUGUGCCCGGCUCAUCCAUGCGCUUCCUCGAAAAGUCACGAGGCGUGGCCGUCGACACUAUCUGCUACGAUCUAGAAGAUUCAGUCACUCCAGGCAAAAAGGCAGAAGCUCGCUCAAAUCUCCAAUCCAUUCUAUCGCGAGAACGAGUGUCAGGAAUAAAAGAGCAAGCCGUACGCAUAAACUCGGUCGAUAGCGGCUAUGCCCUCGACGACCUGACCCAAGUCCUCAAAGGACAGAACCUCGACGCCCUUGUUAUUCCAAAAGUCAACAGUGCUUCUGAUCUCCACUUUGUAACCGAUGUCAUUCGCCAUGCUCUUCCCGAACGACAUGGCCCCGAUGCCAAAUCUCCACUCAGGUUAAUAGCCUUGAUUGAAUCGGCACGGGCAGUCAUGGACUUGUCUGCUAUUUGCAAAGCUUCACCAUACUUGAGUGGCCUCAUUUUCGCUGCUGAAGACUUUGCCCUUGAUCUUAGUAUCACACGUACGCCAGACCUCAAGGAGUUCUUGUAUGCGCGGUCGGCCAUUGCGACGGCAGCGAGAGCAUUCAACCUUCCGUCGACCAUCGAUCUGGUCACGACUGCAUUUCGCGGUGAGCAGGGCCAACAGGUCCUCAAGGAGGAGAGUGAGGGUGGCAAGAGAAUGGGUUAUAACGGAAAACAAUGCAUUCAUCCCAGCCAGGUCGAGUUGGUUCAAAACAUCUUCAGCCCAAGCCAGGAAGAGGUGGACUAUGCCGUGAGAGUCGUCAUUGCCGACGAAAAGGCAGAUGCCCAGGGUCGGGGUGCUUGGACAUUGGACGGCAAGAUGAUUGACGUGCCAGUGGUAGGCAAAGCCAAGGCAACCGUCAAGAAGGCAGAAGUGUGCGGGAUUGAUGUCGCAUCAGUCAGGGAGAAGUUCAAGGACCAAGAACCAGAGUAG